UAGGACCAGAUAUACUAACCCAUCAUUUUUCAUUAAAAUCAACACGAGCAAAACUUAUCUUUCUCAGAGUUGCAAGAAAGGCUCCAGGUGUAGUAGGAGGCGACUCAUAACCUGGCGGAUACGACACGUCGUGUAAGCAAGUUACAGUUUUGUCGGACAAAAGGGUACCAUUUGAGAAUUCUCUUUGGUGGUUGUGUGGCGGUGUUGAAGCCGAUGGCUCUUCAAUUGACUUCCACUUUAGUGAAUUCAUUGAGUUUAAGUGAAGAAUUGAACAGCGGAGCCUUUAAUGAAUCAAAUUUCGAUUAUCAUAAAACUAAUAAACGGUCCGCUUAGGUGGUGGCUUGUGUACGGCGUGCGGCGGAGACCAACGAUUUUGUUGCUUAAGGCAGUGGCAUCACUGGAACUUGUAUACUUUUGUGCUGCUAUGGUAAAUGGGAGAGAAGAGGGCUGAUGUACAAGGGUAAAAUUUGUCGAGAGUUCUAUGGCCGGCUUCGGUUUUCGUCAACCUCAAUUUUCCGAAGAAUUAGCCUGGCUUCCUGCUUGGCUUCAGCCUCAUCAAGUUGAAGCAUCCAAUGAAUAUCAAACCACGACCAGUCCUCCGCUUAAGAAUUUGGAAACUUUACAAGGAAACAUAUGUGAAGUAAAAGGUGUGGAUAUGCCAUCAAGUGAAGAAGGGAGAUAUAACUGUUGUAAACUAUUCUUAUCUGGUGAAGACAAUUUGCUGGCCAGUUCUAGCCCAUCCUCUGAAAAGGUCUUUCAUUUUCGGCUACAUCUUUCUUCAAAUGGUGCUUCACAGUAUACUCAAAGUGAAAUCUAUGCAUCUCAAGCUCAUUGUGACUCUAUGAAAUUUCUGGCAUUGCAACAAGCUGAGACUUCCCGAUGUGUGGGACACAAUACCAAUGUUAAUAAAGUUUUGUCAACAAGUGAAGAUGGAACUUUAGCUGCUGAUGAGAAUAGGACCAACAGUAAUAAGGUUCUACCGGUGAAACAAACAGAAAUAUCAACUGGCUCCAGAGAUUACUCCAGUCAUUUAAAAUUGGACAAUGAUGAUGCUAACCUAAAUUUAUCACCCCAAACUUCGUUCCCAAGAACUGUGGAAAAUCUUGGUGUUCAAUCUGCUAGACAGUGUAAAGACAAACUCAAUGUCAGAUGUCAUAAAUAUUCUGAUAUCCAUAAUGCAGUUGAGCUCUCUAUUUCAGCAUCCGAAGCCCUGGUUAUCCAUGAACUAGUGAAUAGUGAGUCUGCUUCAGAAGCUUUGUCAACUGCAGCUAUACUUGAAGCUACUCUUCAAGUGAAGCAAGCACGCUUAAAGGGCUUAGAAGAUGGAUUUCAUUACCCAGACAGGGAAAUUGAGGAGACCGAUUUGCUUUCUGACUUAGAUGAUUUGACUAUGGCUGAUGCAUAUGAAGAUGUAGGACUAUAUUCUGUUGGUCCUAAUGAAAAGCUUGUCUGUAGUUCAGAUGCAUCUGUUGUUAAAGAAACUCCAUUUUCUGAAAAUCACCAUAGGUGUGACAAUGGAUUUAAACUUGUGGAUCUGAUUCAUCAAAAGAAAUUUCCUGUUGGUCCAGCUUUGGGUUUAAAUGGUUCACGUUUGGUGAGCAAUGUUGAUCCCCUGUUAUGUCAACCAACUGAGGAAGUUUCACAAGUUUUUGGCAUAGCACAGAAGGAAGUAGACACUCCUGUGCAGUUGCAGCAGCAUAAGGGCAAAAGCAUUCUAAAGUUUUAUGUUAAUGAGACUAGCUUUCUAUCUGAAUCUGCUGAUGCUGCCCCAGACGAAAAUUCUUUCGUGCAGCAGUGUGAAAUAGGUCCCAUGAAAGCUUCACAGUCUAGUGUGCCAUUUGAAGGUUCUUAUAAGAAAACUGAUGAGGAAAUUUUUAUUUCUCAAGAUUUGAGCUCGCCUAUUCUAUCAUUGGUCGAUCCCCUUUGUUCUGUUGUUCCUUGCAGUGUUUCUCAUGUGAAUACCAAUUCUCAGCAAACUGAGUGUCAAAAUGACAUUGAUGGUAAUGCUGAAUGUGAGGUGGAGACCAUGCAUAGUACUCCAUGUCUAAAAGUUGAUACAGUCAGUGGAGACAGGCAAGAUGUGCAAACAGUUACUGAUGAUGACCAUGAAGCUCCUGUUCGAAGGCAGUUGACCUUACUUAAAACUUAUAGCACAAUCCCACCCAAUGGUGACACUGAACUGCAGAAGGGGAGUUUUUGCCAUGAUAGAUUGUGCCAGCCAGAGUGUGGUGCAGAAAUCUUUCCCUUUGAACCAAGUACGGGUGGCAUUAGGCAUCAAAAUAAUAAGUGUUCUGAAAGGUACUUGCCUUUCAAGUCUGCGUUUAAAUGUACUGUUGAUAGAGACAAUGGUGAAAUGGACAAUACUGUUGUCAUCAGUAAAGAAUUCAUAGGCGGGGCUGAUUUGCCAUUACUUCCUUUGAAGGAAAGUACACCACUUAUUUUAAAUCGAAGGACUCGCUGUCGCAUGGGUGCUUCCAAACCUGUUCACAUUUCUAAUGAAAAUACAAACCUUGAAGAGGCUGCAGUACAGGAUACCACUGUCGGGCUUAAUAAGAGAAAGGGUGUUCAAAAUGAACAAUCUGAGCUCAGCAAAACCAUUGAUAAUCAAGGUCCAGCAAGGAAGCGAGUUCACUUCUCAGAUGUUGGAGUGGAGCCUCAGCAGAUGAAAGAUGUCCAGAAGCUGUUACCGUCACACAAUUUUAAGUCAAAUACUAGAGCUUGUAACAGGUCUAUGUAUUCUGAUGCAAUGGUUGCUUCACAAUUCCAACAAGCGUUUGCAAAUGUCAUAAAAGACGGCAAGAGAUUGAUAUUCCAAGGUAUGAAAUUCCUACUUACUGGACUUCCAAAUCGGAAGGAAAAGAAAAUAGAAGGACUAAUUCAUGAAUACGGGGGUGUGGUUCUCUUGGAUAUACCUUCUCCAAAUUCAAGGGUAAAGAGAAGUUCAAAUAUUAAUUUCCAGCAGCACCCAAUAGUUUUAUGCCAGAAGAAACUAAAAACCAUGAAGUUCUUGUAUGGAUGUGCAGUGAAUGCCUUCAUCCUAAGAGAUAAGUGGCUUACCGAUUCAAUUGCAGCUGGCUCACUUGUACUACCAGAAAAAUACAUGAUUCUUUCAGGUCAGGCUGAUGUGGAGAUAUCUGGAAUGGGAAAGGUAGUUUCUCACAAUAGCUAUGAGUUAAUUUUUGACAGAGUAGGGAUCAUGUUUUAUGGGAAGAAACGUUUCUGCACCAAAUAUUCAGUCAUUUUCAAGCAUGGAGGUGGGCAGGUGUUUAAAACUCUUCACUGGUUAGUCCAGAGUCUUGACAAUAAAAAGAUUUUUGUGGGAGCAAUUGUGGCUGAGGAUGAAAGAAGUGCAUCACGACAUUUGAGGCAAAUUGCAUUCGAGAGGGAUAUACCUAUGUUGCCAUCCAGCUGGAUCAUAAGGAGCUUACAUUCAGGGAAGCUUCUUCCUUUAACACAAAACAAAAAUACUCCUUUGCCCAUUGUAAAGGAUCCAGAGGUUCCAACAUCCCUUGCAUGGAGUGAAGAGAUUUGAAAUAAACUUCUCUUAGCAGCAUAUUAGUAUUGGAUUCCCAAUGUGCAAUUCUACAUUGAAUGUCAUGCCUGCCCGCAUUUACUAAAGUUGUAUUCAAUAGCAAAGCAAAGGGUGCAGUGAAACUUCAAUUUGAUAUCAUUCAAUCAGCGAUUUGAAUUUGAGGUUGCCACUUAUUACUCAAUGCUGAUCUUCAACGUAUUUUGCAGAAAUAUGAGCUACCAUUCUGGGUUGCUGAGCUUAGAUGAAGGGGCUGUUGGUUGAGAUGAUCUGUACUGUUGCCAUAAGUGCACUGAAGUUGGUUAAAAUUGUUGGCUUCCAUGAGCAACAUGUCUCCUAGUUGCAUCGGGAUUAAUCUCUGGUUUAUAAAGAAGCAACCGGACUGACAAUUCUUCGCAUCAAAUUUAUAAUUUAGAUGGACUUUUAGGAUUGCCAGUUGUUGACACCAUCAGCUAGGUUGCUCAUUCUGUUUGUCAAAAGAAGCGCUGGACAGGAGGCAGGAGCAAUGUGUUGUGCUUGGAACAUUGUACAUUGGUCCAAGACAUGGAAUAAGGUACAGUUGAUGAACAGGGUAAGAAUUAUUUAUAUUUUCUCUUUUGGCGAUUAAAAUUACCCUUUUUAUAUGUUAUUUUACACUGUAAUUAUAUAUUUUUAUGAUAAAAAUGCUUAUCAGUUUUGUGUCGAUGACAUCAAGGAGAGUUGUAUUUCAUUGUAUCGGAAUCCACUAUUUAUUUCAUUGCCACCACUCUGCCAUCAGAGAGUUCUUUC